CAUACACACACACACAUAAUUUGAAAGAGAGUGAUUGUGAAUUUCUCUGACUCUGAAGAAUCAACUAGAAGAAGUAGAAUCACCAGAACAUUUUGCUCAGCUGAAAGCACAAAGUAAACUCAGUUACUGGGAAUCAGCAAAAACCACAGGCAUCACUGGUCCCAGGGAUUUAGAGUCCAGAAACCUCUCCAGGUGAUGGACUGUUGAUUUGGGGCUCUAUGCAUUGUCACAGACAGCUGGGGAUAUCAGUUUCUGGACCAAAUGACCCAAUAAGAGAUCCUAGUCGUAAAAAUCCAUUUUUAUCUGGAAUGUUUCUAGAAGAUCAAAACCGUUUUCCUUCCAGCAUCUAAUGCCUGAGUGAUACAUUUAAAAAUUUUUAGUCUGCAUGGGCACCCUCUUUUUCUAGGAGCAGCACUUUUUAUUUUUGAAAUUAUCCUACAAUGAAUUACCAGCUUUUCUUCUGUUCUCAUCUUUUUCCUUCCCCAACAUACACACACUGUAAAUAUGUGCCAUGUUCUUAGGCAAUCCCACUUUCUCAACCUUUGUUGAGUGACCCAAGCAAGGUUAAAUUCGAGUUCUCCCCAGCGAGUUUUCCCAGCUGCAAUUGAAGAAGAGAUACAGUCCAUCUCUGUGGUGGAAACUCCAGGUUGUGAAACUCAAGAUCAAUCAGCAAUAGAACCUCUGGAGCAGCUGCUGGGUGAUGAGAAGAAGCAGGCAGAAGAAAUGGACAGAAUCCUGGAGGAACCUGAGUCCCACAUGGCAGGAGUGGGAUUCUGCUUCAGUCUUUUCAGCUGUCUAUGCCUUCAUUUUGACUCCCAUCAAUAAUGCUUGAUGUUGUAGCCAGUGUUGGUUUAUUAUUACCAAAAGCAAUGCUGUUCUGGAAAGGCAAGGACUGCAGUGUCUCAUAUGAUGCAAUUGGACGGAACCUCAAGACGACAUUUGCUCCCAGCAAAGGGCAUUCAGCAGAACAAGGACCAAUCAGAAUUCAUCCAACAAUCAUUUUCAGUGUCAUCUAAGACUGGCAGUCUGCCAAGUUCUAUUGAGGGAGCCGGGGAAAGACAGCAAGCAAGCCCCAAUCCUACCAGCAAGGUGUUACAGACAGUGGGCAUCUGAAAAACAACAGAGAAAUGGACAAGGAGGUAACAGAAUGGCAGGGAGUGAGAAGCGUUACGCAGAAAGACAAAGAAUGGUGAAGAGACAGGAGGUGGAAGAGAUGGAAGGUGCCUUUUCAGAUGAGAUGCUUGCUGGAGGAUGGUAUCCUGAGGAGAUGAUGUUUGAGCAGUGGUCUGACUGAAUUAAUAUACUUAACAGCUGAACACGGAUAGGAUGUUCAUGGAAUAUGUUGACAGGACAAAAAGUUGAAACUGUUGGCAGAAACCCAAAGUCAAUAUUGAAGCCAAGCAAAAUAUUGCCUGCAGUGCCACAUUAGAACAGCUUGAAGACCGUUCAUUUUUAAGUGACAAGAGACUCACCUCCAAGAAGCAAUUGUGUUUUCAGAAUGAUUUUAUUCAAGCAAGCAACUUAUUUCAUUUCCUUGUUUGCUACAGUUUCCUGUGGAUGUCUGACUCAACUCUAUGAAAACACCUUCUUCAGAGGUGGGGAUGUAGCUUCCAUGUACACCCCAAAUGCCCAAUACUGCCAGAUGAUGUGCACAUUCCACCCAAGGUGUUUGCUAUUCAGUUUUCUUCCAGCAAGUUCAAUCAAUGACAUGGAGAAAAGGUUUGGUUGCUUCUUGAAAGAUAGUGUUACAGGAACCCUGCCAAAAGUACAUCGAACAGGUGCAGUUUCUGGACAUUCCUUGAAGCAAUGUGGUCAUCAAAUAAGUGCUUGCCAUCGAGACAUUUAUAAAGGAGUUGAUAUGAGAGGAGUCAAUUUUAAUGUAUCUAAGGUUAGCAGUGUUGAAGAAUGCCAAAAAAGGUGCACCAAUAACAUUCGCUGCCAGUUUUUUUCAUAUGCCACGCAAACAUUUCACAAUGCAGAGUACCGGAACAAUUGCCUAUUAAAGUAUAGUCCCAGAGGAACACCUACCGCUAUAAAGGUGCUGAGUAACGUGGAAUCUGGAUUCUCACUGAAGCCCUGUGCCCUUUCAGAAAUUGGUUGCCACAUGAAUGUCUUCCAGCAUCUUGCGUUCUCAGAUGUGGAUGUUGCCAGGGUUCUCACUCCAGAUGCUUUUGUGUGUCGAACCAUCUGCACCUAUCACCCCAACUGCCUCUUCUUUACAUUCUAUACAAAUGCAUGGAAAGUCGAGUCACAAAGAAAUGUUUGUCUUCUUAAAACAUCUGAAAGUGGCACACCAAGUUCCUCUACUCCUCAAGAAAACACCAUAUCUGGAUAUAGCCUUUUAACCUGCAAAAGAACUUUACCUGAACCCUGCCAUUCUAAAAUUUACCCGGGAGUUGACUUUGGAGGAGAAGAAUUGAAUGUGACUUUCGUUAAAGGAGUGGAUGUUUGCCAAGAGACUUGCACAAAGAUGAUUCGCUGUCAGUUUUUCACUUAUUCUUUACUCCCAGAAGACUGUAAGGAAGAGAAGUGUAAGUGUUUCUUAAGAUUAUCUAUGGAUGGUUCUCCAACUAGGAUUGUGUAUGGGACACAAGGGAGCUCUGGUUACUCUCUGAGAUUGUGUAACACUGGGGACAACUCUGUCUGCACAACAAAAACAAGCACACGCAUUGUUGGAGGAACAAACUCUUCUUGGGGAGAGUGGCCCUGGCAGGUGAGCCUGCAGGUGAAGCUGACAGCUCAGAGGCACCUGUGUGGAGGGUCACUCAUAGGACACCAGUGGGUCCUCACUGCUGCCCACUGCUUUGAUGGGCUUCCCCUGCAGGAUGUUUGGCGUAUCUAUAGUGGCAUUUUAAAUCUGUCAGACAUUACAAAAGAUACACCUUUCUCACAAAUAAAAGAGAUUAUUAUUCACCAAAACUAUAAAGUCUCAGAAGGGAAUCAUGAUAUUGCCUUGAUAAAACUCCAGGCUCCUUUGAAUUACACUGAAUUCCAAAAACCAAUAUGCCUACCUUCCAAAGGUGACACAAACACAAUUUAUACCAACUGUUGGGUAACCGGAUGGGGCUUCUCGAAGGAGAAAGGUGAAAUCCAAAAUAUUCUACAAAAGGUAAAUAUUCCUUUGGUAACAAAUGAAGAAUGCCAGAAAAGAUAUCAAGAUUAUAAAAUAACCCAACGGAUGGUCUGUGCUGGCUAUAAAGAAGGGGGAAAAGAUGCUUGUAAGGGAGAUUCAGGUGGUCCCUUAGUUUGCAAACACAACGGAAUGUGGCGUUUGGUGGGCAUCACCAGCUGGGGUGAAGGCUGUGCCCGCAGGGAGCAACCUGGUGUCUACACCAAAGUCGCUGAGUACAUGGACUGGAUUUUAGAGAAAAUGCAGAGCAGUGAUGGAAAAGCUCGGAUGCAGUCACCAGCAUGAGAAGCAGUCCAGAGUCUAGGCAAUUUUUACAACCUGAGUUCAAGUCAAAUUCUGAGCCUGGGUGUCCUCAUCUGCAGAGCAUGGAGAGUGGCAUCUUCUUUGCAUCCUGUCAUAAGGACAAAAGACACAGUGCACUCAGAGCUGCUGAGGACAAUGUCUGGCUGAAGCCCGCUUUCAGCACGCCGUAACCAGGGGCUGACAAUGCGAGGUCGCAACUGAGAUCUCCAUGAUUGUGUGUUGUGAAAUAAAAUGGUAAAAGAUCA